ACUUUCCAGUUUGAAGUGCGCUUGCGCAAAUGUUGCUAGCGUUUAGGCUGCAAGUGAGCAACCGCAAAAGUGAUUGGGCUUGGAAGCAGCGAACAAAACCAGCCUCCCAUUGGCUGGGAGCCUCAAUAUACAGGCUUUCUAAUUGGAUGCGGCAAGGAGCUAGUGCGCAUGUUCCUUUGGUGUUUCUUUGCUUGAUUGGUCUGCCCCGGGGUUUUGGUUUUCUCCAAUUGGCUAAUAUGCUGGUGGGCGGGGACUCUUCGGGAAUAUUUGAAUUCAAACGAGUAGCUGUCGGCAAACGCUGAGGAGAUUUAGCUUCGUUUGGGAAGCCGGCUGUCAGCAUGUCUUUUCCUAAGGCGCCGCUGAAGCGAUUCAAUGAUCCUUCAGGCUGUGCACCAUCUCCAGGUGCUUAUGAUGUUAACACUUCAGAAAUAUCUAAAGGACCGGUAUCCUUUCAGAAAUCACAGAGAUUUAAAAAACAAAAAGAAUCUCAACAAAAUCUUAGUGUUGACAAAGAUAGUACCAUGCCUUCUUCAGCUAAAAAAGCUAAGACUUUGAGAUUAAAGAAAGAAUCUCAAAAGAAUGAUAAAGAUUUGAAGAGACUAGAAAAAGAGAUUCGUGUCCUUGUCCAGGAGCGUGGUGUUCAAGACAAGAAGAUCCAGGAUAUGGAAAAUGAGUUGGAGAAGAUGGAAGCAAAGUUAAAUGUUGUAGUCAGGGAAAAAACAUCUCUCUCUGCAAACAAUGCUUCACUGGAAAAACAGCUUAUUGACUUAACUAGAACUAAUGAACUACUAAAAUCUAAGUUUUCAGAAGAUGGUAACCAGAAAAAUAUAAGAAUGCUAAGCCUGGAGCUGAUGAAACUUAGAAACAAAAGAGAAACAAAAAUGAGGAGUAUGAUGGCUAAACAAGAAGGCAUGGAAAUGAAGCUGCUGGUUACUCAGAAGAAUCUGGAAGAGUCUCAGGGGAAAAUAGCACAACUUGAGGGGAAAAUUGUUUCAAUAGAGAAAGAAAAGAUUGAUGAAAAAUCUGAAACAGAGAAACUCUUAGAAUACAUCGAAGAAAUUAGUUGUGCAUCAGAUCAAGUGGAAAAAUAUAAGCUAGAUAUUGCCCAGUUAGAAGAACAUGUGAAAGAGAAGAAUCAUGAAAUUUUAAUCCUUAAGCAGUCUAUUGAGGAAAAUGUUAUCUUGUCUAAACAAGUAGAAGACCUGAAUGCUAAAUGUGAGCUGCUUGAAAGAGAAAAAGAAGACCUUCUCAGUAGGAAAACGGAAAGGGAUGAAAGUCUAAAUGCAGAGAUGCAAAACUUAAAAGAGAAGCUUAUUCUGGAAAAACAAGAACAUGAAAGACUACAACAAAAAGAGUUGCAAAUUGAAUCACUUCUCCAACAAGAGAAAGAAUUAUCUUCUAGUCUUCAGCAGAAGCUAUUUUUUUAUCAAGAAGAAAUGAUUAAAGAAAGAACUCUUUUUAAGGAAGAAUUAAAGCUUGCACUGGAAGAACUAGAUCUAGUUCAGCAAAAGGAAGAACAAACUGAAAGACUGGUCAAACAGUUGGAAGAGGAAACAAAAACUACAGCAGAAGAACUAAAACUCCUAGAAGAACAGUUGAAAGAGAAAGAAGCUGAAAUGGAGAAAAAUGAUGCUGCUCACAUGCAGGCCACCCUAAUUUUGCAGGAAAGGUAUAAUAGUACAGUGCAAAACCUUGGAGAUGUUACUGCUCAAUUUGAAAGCUAUAAAGCAUUAAUAAUUAGUGAGCUAGAAGAUCUUAGACUGGAGAACUCAUCACUACAGGAAAAAGUGGCCAAGGCUGAAAAAAGAGCAGAGGAUGUUCAACAUCAGAUACUGACAACUGAAAGCACAAAUCAAGAAUAUGCAAGGAUGCUUGUAGAUCUACAGAACAAAUCAGCACUGAAAGAAGUAGAAAUUAAAGAAAUGACAGUUUCUUCUCUUAAAAAAAUAACUGAUUUGCAGAACCAACUCAAACAACAAGAUGAAGACUUUAAGAAGCAACUGGAAGAGGAAGAAGUAAGAAAAGUUGGGAAAGAAAACACAGUGGCAGAAUUAACUGAGGAAGUUAAUAAAUGGCGUCUCCUUUAUGAAGAACUGUAUAAGAAAACAAAACCUUUUCAGCUUCAACUGGAUGCAUUUGAAGCAGAGAAACAGGCUUUGUUGAGUGAACAUGGUGCAACUCAGGAGCAGCUAAAUAAAAUAAGAGAUUCAUAUGCGGAAUUAUUGGGUCAUCAGAAUCUGAAGCAAAAAAUCAAGCAUGUUGUGAAAUUGAAAGAUGAAAAUAGCCAACUGAAAUCGGAGGUGUCAAAACUCCGAUCUCAGCUUGCUAAAAAGAAACAAAAUGAGAGAAAACUUCAGGAGGAAUUGAAUAAAGUUCUGGGUAUCAAACACUUUGAUCCUUCAAAGGCCUUUCAUCAUGAAAGUAAAGAAAAUUUUGCCCUCAAAACUCCAUUAAAAGAAGGCAAUUCAAACUGCUACUGAACUCCUGUGCAGUGUCAAGAAUCAUGCAAGUAAAUAUCUGAAAAACCUGUUGAAGAUUAUUUUAUACUUACUGCUAUAAUUGUUGAUGUUAUUAUUAUGUUUACAAUGGGUGUCUUAUAAUGUUAUAUUUAAUGUGAAUUUGAGCAUUUGAGCUUCCUAUCCUCAGAUAUGUAAAGGAAGUUCAACUUUUUUCAGUUAGGAGGGAGUAUUUAAUUCUAAACAUUCUAAUUGGCUUUUUGGUUUUCAGUACACACCAUCAAAUUAGCAUCUCUUUAAAAAUGACCAUUCAGAUUAUUAUUCCCCUAUUCUGUAACCUCAGUUUCAAGUUUCUAAUUAUCAGAUUAUUUUAGCUUGAUUCUGGAGUCUUUUCUAAUCUGAAAAGACUUAGAAAGGCUUAAAUACAUUUUGUUCAUUCUUGCUUGUGCUUUGAUUUACUAAUAAUGUCUAUUCUGACCUACUCAUCAUCCAUCCAUUUGUCCAUUUCAAACAUGAAAUAAGGACAGACUUAACUCCUAGUAACCUCAUUAUCGUUUAUCAAAGUCACUGAGUUAUUUAAUAAUUUACAGAUUCCUUGACUCUAUCUUAAUUUGUAAUUAGGCUUAUAAACCUGCACUUUAUUCGAUAAUAAAUUAUUCGAUAAUUAUUAGAUAUGCUAAAAAUCUUAGAAACUUUGCAAGUAACCUCUUUAGAGAACUUGAUUUGUAUAUCUACUGAAACUUUGUUAAGUAUUUGUGUAAUAUGAAUUAAAAUCACAGAGUCAAUUUACUCAGUUAUUAAAUUUUCAUUUUAUGAAGCUACAUUAAUUCUUCUUUAAGAUAUAUUUAUGUUCUUUGUUCCCCCCACCACCACCACACUGGCCCUUGUUCCCAGUAAUCACAAAUGAUACUCUUUAGAAAGUGGUAAUUCUCCCUCUGCUAUAUCUGAUUUGCACAAUUGUGUGAUUGUAAAACACCAUUUUUGUAAUGUUGAUGGACUAACAGACAAUCACAGAAUAGCUUUUCUUAAUAAAUUAUUUUGUCAAACCUUAGUA